AAUUCCGUUCGGUUCCCAUUUGCGGAUACCGUCUCGACAGAAGCUGAUAUUUGUGUAUUUUCGUAUUGUGCGUCGUUUUUCGAUGGAAAAAAGCAACCAGUGAUUGCGGACUUGUACGUAGUAACCUUACAAUUUUAUUCCAACAUAUAUUUCUAAACAAGGAGUGAAUCCAAUGGCUGAUUUUUGGGACGAAGGCUUAAGGCAGUGGCAUGAAGAAAACCAUUGCCCCUUUCAGUAUUAAACAGCAUGCUUUCACAGAAAGUUAUUUCCAAAAGAAGAAGUAAAUCUAAGUUGUCUGAUGGGACAAGGCCCUCUUCUGAUACAUCAAGAAUAGUCAAACAGGAAUCUGCAGACUCGAUCAGCCAAACAACACCAGAUGCUUCCGAAAAUGAGGAACGAAGUGCACUGCAAGCAGAGACUAAAAGACUUGCCUUAGAACAGUUGCAAAAAGCAAAGAGCAAGCCUGUGGCUUUUGCAGUGCGAACAAAUGUAGCCUUCAAUGGAGCCGUGGAUGGAGGAGACUGUCCAGCCCCAGGUCACUGUGUCUCAUUUGAUGUGAAAAGCUUCCUGCACAUCAAAGAAAAAUUCAAUAAUGAUUGGUGGAUUGGACGCUUGGUCAAGGAUGGGUGUGACGACUGUUUUAUUCCUAGUCCAGCGAAACUGGAAAAUCUCAAGUCCCUAUCCGGUCCCAAAAGUAAAAUGUAUGUAAGACGAAAUGAUUCCAGUACUACCAUGGAAGGUAUGCUGGGGCAGGGAACAGGUAUGAACUCCUCCCGAGAAUCCACCCCACCCACGCCAGGAAUGACGGAGGAGAAUGGGGCAGACAGCACUAUGGGUGAGGACAGUGAUAGCACAAAAGCCUACAAAGCGGGCGGCAUCAUCCCUCCAACCAAAGAGAAGAAAAAACCAUUCUUCAAAAAGUCAGAGUCAGUGCCACCUUAUGAAGUAGUGCCUUCCAUGCGACCAGUCGUUCUGAUUGGUCCUUCACUGAAGGGUUAUGAAGUUACAGACAUGAUGCAAAAGGCUCUGUUUGAUUUCCUCAAACAUAAGUUUGAAGGGAGGAUAAUCAUUACAAGAGUCACAGCAGACAUCUCAUUAGCUAAACGAUCAAUAAUUAACAAUCCCAGUAAAAGAGUUCUGUUGGACAAACAAAGUCGUUCAUGUGGAAUAGGAGAAGUUCAAAAUGAAAUAGAGAGAAUUUUCGACUUGGCUAGGUCUAUGCAGUUGGUAGUUCUAGACUGUGACACAAUUAACCACCCUUCACAAUUAGCAAAAACAUCGUUAGCUCCAAUUAUUGUUUAUGUCAAAAUUGCUUCACCAAAGGUAUUACAGCGACUAAUCAAAUCUAGAGGAAAAUCCCAGAGUCGUAACAUGAAUGUACAGUUAGUAGCUGCUGACAAACUGAACCAAUGUAGUCCUGAUAUGUUUGAUGUAAUUCUAGAUGAAAAUCAAUUAGAAGAUGCCUGUGAACAUUUGUCAGAGUUCUUAGAGGCUUACUGGAAAGCAACUCAUCCAGUUGACACAUCACAGCAGACAAAACUGAUGCCUUCUCCCAAUCCCAUUAGCAGGCAUAAUACUGUGCCCCCUGGACAUCAUGGGCAUGGGCACCAUGGACAUGGUCACAGUGUUCAUAGUUCAUUUCGUGAACCUCGGAGACAUGCUGAUCAUGAACACCAUAUACGUGGUAGUGAUAGAGACCCAAGUCCUUCCCAUGAAAAACUUCAUGAUCGAGACUUGAGAUCGGGACACUUUGAGCGUAGUGAUUACAAUCGGAUGUCACCACGAGAAUUCAAUCGUAGAGACAAUAGUGGUGAAAUGCAUGAUCCACGACGUGAUGACCGGUACUCAAACAGGAAGGAGCAUGAACAUUUUGAUACAAGAGAACCGUAUGGUUCACCAACAAGGAAUUCAAAAUACCCUAUGAAACAGCAGUCUAUAGAUAUAUAGAUUACAGCAAUCUUCAUGGGAAUAAAAUAAACAAACUUCCAGGGAUUUUGCAAAUAGUGCAGUGAUCACAAAAAUUCAAAGUGUUUUUGACCCCUAUUUUGUUACAAGGUCAUGUGCCAUUGAUGACCUUCCCCUGUUAAGAUGUAGAUAGAUCACUAUCUACCGUGGAGAGUUGCAGAUCUUUUCUGGACAUAUAUUUGUCAUCCAAUGUUUAAAUGUGGUGUGAAUGCCUUCCUUUGUUACAAAAGAAGAUACAAGUAGAAUCUAGGUUUUCUAAAUUCAUAUGAAUAGUUCUUGCAGAUAUAGCCAUAGAUAGAACUUUAUAUCAGUUUUUCAUAUUUUACAGAACUGAAAAUCACAUGAUUUAUGAUUAUAGCAUCUUUGUAGUUUAACACGUUCUUCCCAACAUCACGUGUUAAUUUUAAGAUAAAAUUUGGAGAGUGGAAAGUACAGUGAAGCCUGUCUUAUACGAUAUGCACUGGGAGACAAAUGUUGUGUCGGAGUAGAUAGAGUGGUGGAUUACACAGUGUACAGAACAAAGAAAACAGUAAUAUGGGAUUCAAACACAGGGUCGGAAUUCACAGUGAAACAGAUUGCACAGGUGUCGAAUUAGACAGUUUUUACUGUACUUGCAUUAAAGAAGAAAGUGAAAGGUUGUAUAAGGUUGCGUUUUAAUUCUUCACAAAGCCUCAUGUAAUUCUUUAAAUAAAUCAUCAAGCAUAACAUUAUAGUUUUAAAUUUGACCACCUUUCAUUGAUUUAAAGAUCAUUACCGAUCCUCAUAGUUCCUGUCCAUGUUCAGUUGACCAUCCCUCAAGAUUUUGCAGGCAAAAUUAUGUUCGUUAACAUGGUUAUUUAAAUGAUAUAUAAUGUCUCCCAGGUGAAAUUCUUUGGUUUGGUGUUCAGUUUUCUGUGAAAGUGCAAUAAAUACCAGAUUUUUCAGUCAAAUUGGGGGGAAAAUGUGUAUAAUAACAUUGUUAGUGCAAUUUAUGACUGUUAAAAUUCUCAGUUGUAUUAUUGUUUUUGAUUUUUUUAAAAUUGGUACAUAUGUAUUUUCCUUGCUUACAUUCUAAAUCUAUGGCUGGCCAUAGUAGUUUUUUUCCUAUUUUUUAUUGAAUUUAUUUUUUAGUUUAUAUAUAUGCCCUCUUUAUUUGUUACCCUGUCAUUGUAGGAUUGUACUCUACGCACACUCAAUUAAAUGUAGGGGUUAUUUCCCCUUCAACUCAUAUAGAAGAAUCUCAUUUUGUUUACUGGUAAUAUGUAUUGGAAGUAUUUUAUGGUGGACAAACAUGCUUCAUGUUCCACAAUUACUUUAUUUUAUCUGAUGUUGGUGUUUGCAAGACCAGUUCUGCAAACUAUUGAAUUUUUUUUUUACUGCAUAUACAUGUAUAACAAAAUAUAGACAAGUGCUUUUUUAUAUACCGAUGAAUUAAUCAGUAGAUAUUCAUUAACUGGCUUUACAAAACCAGAGUGUGUACCACUUAUAGUAGACACCUGUGUUAUUAAACUGUACUGAUGCACAAUAAUGCAUUGCAUUUUUAAGUUUAUAUUGGACAGAUAAAUAUAGAAAUAUAUUAAGAAGAAAACUGGUGUAUGAAUCAGGAUUUUGUAAACAAUAUUGUAUACAUGCUCUUUGUUUUAAUCAAUAAAAUAUUAAAACUUGAUCAUCUUUGUGAUAAGAAGUUGUCAGCUAAAGUAUUCAUACCAAAUGAUUUGUAGUUUAUGAUAAUGGCAAAAAUAUAUGUAUAAAACUGAAAUAGUUUGAGGAUAACUUUUUUUUUUGUGAUCAUUUAGUUUUACAUUUUAUAGAUUACAGCGUGUGUAAAAUAGAAUAGUCUUUCAAGAACUAUUUUAGCCAUUUGAUUACAACAUCUAAUAGUUUCCCACAUGAAUGAUUUAUCAAAGUUGCAAUAAUUUAAUUUUUCCCAUGCUUGUGGUAAAUCAUUUACAGUUCACGUAAUAAGAACUAGUAUAAUGUUAAUUCAAUAUUUUUCUCAGUAUGAAAAUGAAUGACUUUGUAACCAAAUAUUCAUGAGAUUUUUAAAAUUUUAUUUGUGAAGUUUGCUCAUUUUUUAGUCAAGUGCGGUAUUGAUAAGUAUUGGAUUAAAUGGUACAAAUGCUUUGCAAUCUGUGCAUGGAAUACAGAGACUUAAAUACAUUUAUUGCAUAAGCAUGUCUCUUCUCAGAAUACUGUGUAUGAAUGUUUUGCAUGAUGAGCUACAUGUAUGUGUUUAACUUAUUCUACAUGAAGUAAAAUUUUGUUGAGGAUAUUCCACACUUACUAUAAUGCAUUUGUAUCUCCGUUUUGUUAAUGGUAUGGGAAUUGUUGCACUACCCUUUAAAAUUAUGUACAUUAUUAUUCGGUAUGUCAAUUUUAUUAAAUAUUUCCAAGUUUGUUGGAUUUGUAAAUAAAACGGAUUUUUAUCUCAGAA